UUCAAUGUAGAUACAAGGCGACAACAUGACGGACGGGAAGAAAUAACUAUGUGAUAAUAUAUUUCGUAACGAGGAUCCAUUUUCGUAGAAGUAGUGUGCCGUCAUUCAUAAAGGAUUCUUUCGAUUUCGCGGAAACAAGACAAGUGUUAUUUUUCAGCGUUGCCAGUUGAAGGCUGGACCUUCACAAUUUUCGUGGGCACUAUACAUGUAUAUUUCUACAGGCAAGCUGGACUCGCCUCGUGGAGACGUAUUGAUGCGACUUUGGAGGAUUUUAUUUGUGUUGUUAGUGUGCCGGACACACUACCAUUUUGUUGAAGGAGCAUGUAAUUGUCCGACAGAAUGCGCAGCCAGCUGUGCAGCAGGACAGUAUUUCGACUCGGGAACAUGCGUAACCUGUCCGCAGGGGUCGUACUGCCCAGCAGGGAGUAGUACGGCCAAGGGGUGUCCUGCUGGAACAUUCAACGAUGGCACAGGAAAGACAGCAGAAAGCGAAUGUCAGGACUGUCCUCAAGGGAAGUACACAGACGUUGCUGGUUCAACAAGCUGUAAGUCCUGCCCUGCUGGAAAGUCCUGCCCCACGAUCAAGACCUCAACCCCAGCAGACUGCGGCAAUGGACAGUACUCACUAGGGGGUAGCACAGACUGCACACCGUGUCCAAUCGGAUCAAAGUGUGUUGCUAAAGACCAGGGCCCUGUUCCAUGUGAUGAUGGCGACUAUACAUCAACAACAGGUCGGACAUCGUGUCAGAAGUGCCCCGCGGGAAAGGAGUGCCCCAGUCGGGGGGCACCUGUUUCCUGCAUGGCAGGGUUCUACAGUGCAAAUGGUGAGGGGGCAUGUCAUCCAUGUGCCCCUGGGCAGUACGCAGCCUCAGCAGGUCUGAGUUCAUGCUCCCCAUGCCCCGAAGGUCAGAUGUGCCCCAAUGCCACCUCAGUGCCCCAAGAUUGUGACCCAGGGUACAUAGCUCCACAAGGCAGUGCCAGUUGUACAAUAUGUGAUGCAGAUAAGGUUCCUGACUCCAACAAAGGGACCUGUGAACUUUGUCCUGCCGGGAAGAAAUGCACAAAUCCAGUGUCAUCACCAGUGUCAUGCUCCGCAGGCUACUACUCUCUGGAAGGCGACGGUGCCUGCACGCGCUGCCCCGCAGGAAGUUACUGCCCCACCACCACGGAAGCUCCCAAAGCCUGUCAAGCAGAUCACUACUCUGCUGAGGGUGUCCGGCAGUGCCUACAGUGUCCAGCAGGGUAUGGGUGUGCUUCGGCUGCAGAUACCCCUGUCAAGUGUGCCGCUGGAACCUUCAGCCCUGCAGCCACCAUGACCUGCGACCAGUGUACAGCUGGGAACUACUGCCCCGAGGGUUCGUCCGGUGAGAUCCCAUGUUCACAGGGAUUUUUCGCCGAUGUUGGAGCUGGCUCCUGUACUCAGUGUCCUGCAGGGAAGUGGUGCUCCACAAGUGUCGCCACCGACUGUGCUGAUGGGACUUACUCUCUUGGAACAGCAACUUCCUGUACACCCUGCCCACCAGGCUUUGAGUGCCUGGAUAAGAUGACUGCACCGACUGCCUGCACCCAGGGCUCGUACAACCUGAACGCAUCGUCCUCUGUCUGCCAGCAGUGCCCCGGGGGCUACAUGUGCCCCACAACAACAGACAUGCCCACCAAGUGUAACGACGGAUACAUCAGUGACCCCGGGUCAACAGACUGCACCCAGUGUGCGCGAGGAAAGGCAUGUCCGAAUCUGGGAGAUAUGACCGCCAACUAUGACUGUGAAGCUGGUUACUACUCCAUCGCAGGAUCAGUCAACUGCACUAAGUGUCCCCUGUCCAAGUACUGCCCCUCCACAACUGAAGCCAUCGAACACGACUGCCCAAGCGGCACCUACUCCGAGGGGAACCAGACAUCAUGCACUGUUUGUCCAGCCGGGAAAAAAUGUCCGAAGGCAGAUGGAACCAACAUUGAGGAUUGUGCGCCAGGGUCGUACUCCAUAGAGGGGUCCAUAAAGUGUACCAAGUGUCCUGCAGGGUACGCCUGUCCCAGGACUGACACAGACGACAUCACUGAGUGCCCCAAGGGAACCUACUCCAAGGGCGAGCAGACGGCGUGCACAGAGUGCAAGGCUGGAUUUGCGUGUCCAGUGACGACAGAUGACAUAGAGACCAAGUGUAACGAUGGGACGUACUCCGUGGGUAAUCAGACCUCCUGCACUAGCUGUAGGGCGGGAUACGAGUGCCCUGAUCCUGCCACUGGUACAGAAACGGAGUGUCAGCCUGGCUACUACUCGCUAGGAAAUGCCAAGGACUGCACCGUGUGUGACGAGGGCUACCGCUGCCCUACACGAGACGAGGGACCCAUCCUGUGUGACGUGGGCACCUACAGCGCUGGUGCAACCACCAACUGCACAACCUGCGAGGCCGGAUACUACUGCCCAGAAAGGGAAUUGUCUCGAAGAACCGAGUGUCCACCAGGGACCUACUCCAACCCUGGGUCUAUAUCGUGCCCAGACUGUGAUGCUGGCUUCACCUGCCCUGUGGCCUCCACCAACCCCCGCCCCGGGGAUGCCACCUGCCCUAAGGGAGGCUACUGUGAUGGCAAGGAUUUCUUCCCAUGUCCAGCUGGCACCUGGAACCCCAUCAACGGAUCCUUCAAUCAAGAAGCGUGUGUCCCUUGCCCAUCAGGGUACUACUGUGAGGGCCCUGGUGUAGAGGACUACGCUCUGUUCCCGUGCCCCAAAGGCCACUACUGCCUGGAAGGCACCACCAUGAGGACACAGUACCCAUGUCCAGGCGGCUCCUACAACAAUCAGACGAAUGCCACCGACACGACCUUCUGUGUCCCCUGCCCUCCACGCAAGUUCUGCCCCGCUGGGACAGUCGACCAAGGCCAGAACUGUCCUGCAGGGUUCUUCUGUGUGGGUGGUCAGGCCUCAGGCUUCCAGAACGCUUGCCCAAUCGGAACAUAUGGUCCCACCGAUAGUCUUCUGAAUGCCACUGAGUGUGAGUCUUGUCCAGCUGGAUUCUAUUGCCCAUUUGGAUCCGAGUCUGAGCCCAUGGUGAACCCUACCCCCUGUGAGCCCGGGACGUACAACCCCGAUCCAAGGACAGGACAUCCCAUCAACUGCCUCCAGUGUGUCGCUGGGUUCGCUUGUCCACUCAUCAACCAAACAGCAUCAACUCUGCCGUGUAGUGAAGGUCACUACUGUCCAGCUGGCACAGUAUCGCCGAACCAGUACCCAUGUCUGCCAGGAACCUACACUGGCCGCACCAACCUCAACUCAGCAGACGAGUGUGAUGCCUGUCCUGCAGGGCAAUACUGUGACUGGGGAAAUGGUGUGAGUAAUGGCACAAACCCACCCAAGCCAUGUAAACCAGGUUACUACUGUCCGAGUCAGACCCCAGCGCCCGACCGCUACCCAUGUCCCGAGGGGACGUUCAGCUCCAGGGCCGACCUGACAGCAGCGUCGGAGUGCACCAAGUGCACGGCAUCCUACUACUGUUCCGGAGGAGAGUCCACGACCACCGGCAUCUGCGCCCCUGGCUACUACUGCCCUGAGGGGACCGCCUACCCCUUCGACUUUGGCUGUGAGAACGGAACUUACAAUGAAAAGGAGGGGAUGGAUGAUAAGGCUGAUUGCAGACAGUGUACUCAAGGUCAUUACUGUGAGUUUGCUGUGACGGUGCCAGAGAAAUGUCCUAAGGGAACCUACAUGCCAUGGGGAGUGACCAAGACUUCAGCAGUAGAUAAUAAUAUAGCAACAGAUGCUUUGAUUCCAGGAGGUGACCCAGGCAAGAGGGAAAACGACUGUCUUGAGUGCCCUGGUGGAUUCUAUUGUGGAGAGGAAACGGUCACACCAGCUAAUUGUGGAACGGGAAUGUUCUCAAAACCUGGGCAGUUUGAAUGCAAAAUCUGUGAAAUUGGCCACUACUGUGACAAUGUGACCACCUCGAAGGAUGCCAUGCUCAACACCAAGAAGUGCCCGGCUGGCCGCUACUGCCUUGCGGGCCUAUCUUCAGAACCUGCAGCCACAGACUGCUCCGUCGGGAGGUACUGCCCAGAAGGAACUGUUGAAGAGUUGAAAUGCCCUGUUGGUACCAUCCGUAAAACUGUCGGAGCCGGUGCCAUCACAGACUGUGCCCCUUGUACAGCUGGCUUCUACUGCCAGGAAGGAUCGUCUGUAGAAACAGGAGAAUGCAUUGUAGGAUACUACUGUCCAACCAACUUGCCCAACCCAUAUGGUGCUACACCAGCUCUCAUUGGAAGUCAAGGUGACAAGCAGGAACCAUGCCCUGAAGGAACCUACAGCGAUGUGACAGCCACUCCUGACCUGGCCAGCUGUAAGGUCUGCACCACAGGGCACUUCUGUCAGCAGGCCACCAGCAACCCAGAGUCGUGUCCCCGAGGAUACUACUGUGAGGCAGGUGCAAUCAAACCGGAGCCCUGCCCCAUUGGAACUUACGGCAACCGCACAGAACUCGGCCACAUGGAUGAGUGUACCCAGUGUGACCCAGGCUGGUACUGUGACGCCCCGGGGCUCCUUCAGGCCCGGGCUCCCUGUAACCCAGGAUACAUAUGCAUAGGAGGGGCAACCACAGCUGAACCCACUGACGGAGUAACAGGAGACGUGUGCCCGGCUGGAGGAUUCUGUGUGCUAGGUUCCUGGGUAGAGAAGCCAUGUCCAGCUGGCACCUACAGUAACGUGACUGGCGCUGUCAACAACUACGACUGCCACGACUGUGACCCCGGCUACUACUGCUCUACCGCCGCUGGUGGCGCCCCCACAGGGCCCUGCGAGGGAGGAUUCUUCUGCACUGGUCAAGCUACCAAUUCCCGCCAACAUGUGUCCCAGCCAGGGUACUACUCCCUGAACGGCUCAGUGGCGCAGACCGAGUGCCCCCUGGGGACGUACCAGGACAAGAAUGCGUCGGCAUCCUGCAUGGUGUGUGACCCUGGCUUCUACUGCCCCGAGAAGAAGAUGACGGAACAGUACCCCUGCCCUGCUGGCAAGUACUGCGGCAACGGCAGCAUCGUGCCCCUCGACUGUCCCCCGGGAUACUUCUCCAAUGCAACCCACCAGGACAGUAUCGACGACUGCAUCAUCUGCCCCCGCGGCUACUACUGCCAGGACAGAGGUGCCACGGCGCCACAAGGGAAGUGCCUCGCUGGUCAUAUCUGCUUUGAAGGUGCCCUGGAUGAUGACCCGGUGUAUAAUAACGACACAUCAGGCAACAAGACGCUCAUCUUGUGGGGGGACACCUGUGAAGCUGGGUACUACUGUACGGAGGGCGUGGCCUUCAUGAUCCCCUGUCCCCGGGGCACAUACAACCCAGACCGCCAGGGCCGGUCGGAGGAACAAGCCUGUAAACCGUGUGACCCUGGGAAGUACUGCAAUGGAUCUGCCCUCAUUGAACCUACAGGAUCAUGUAGUGCUGGAUACUAUUGUACUGGUGGCUCAUGGAUUCCUGACCCCAUCAACUCCAGCGUCUCCAACGACACCGGCGCCAUCUGCCCAAUGCAUCACAUCUGCCUGGAGGGGACAGACCAGCCCAAGCAGUGCCCCAUUGGCUUCUAUGCUAACAACACAGGCCUCUCUGUGUGCGAGCUGUGUCUGGCUGGGUUCAUCUGCUUGCCAGGGGAAGCUCCACGAGUCUGUCCACAAGGUUUCUACUGUGUUGCCAGUACAGCCAGCAUCCCCACCAAGCAGGGGACUCCGUGUCCAAUCGGGACAUAUGGGAAGGAUGAUGGUCUAGAGGCCGAAGCCAACUGUACCCUGUGUGAUGCAGGGCACUACUGUGCCUCAGAAGGGUUGACCAACGCUACUGGGAUGAUCACAGCUGGGUACUGGUCAAUUAUUGGGUCAUCUACACCCACGCCAGAAGACACAGACAAUGAGAACAGAGGGCGCUGUCCCAAAGGCUUUUACUGCCCAGAAGGAAGUAUCUCCCCUGCAGCGUGUCCUCGGGGAAGGCUUGGCAAGUACGCCAGGAAGACGAAGGAGGAUGAGUGUGAGCUCUGUGACCCUGGUUUCUACUGCCCCUACUACAACAUGACGGAGACGACGCUGGAGUGUAGCCCUGGCCACUACUGCAGCCUCGGGUCCCCGGAACCAUCACCCAUCAACCAGACCUACGGAGACAUCUGUCCCUCUGGAUACAAGUGUCCAUCUGGGUCGAGUGUCCCUACAGCGUGUGAUGCUGGAACCUACUCCAACGAGACUGGGCGUUUUACCUGCCUGGACUGCCCAGCUGGCUACUACUGCCCCGUUAACACCAGCGACCCCUUCCUGUGUCCCGAGGGCUACUGGUGUGGCCCCAAGUACAAGACGGCCUACCAGACACCGUGUCUGUCUGGAACCUACAACAACGCCACCGGGAUGAGUGCCGCGUCACACUGCCUUGCCUGUCUGCCAGGGUUCUACUGUGCCUCCCAGGGCCUGGCUGUGCCUACUGAUGAGUGUGACCCGGGCUGGUACUGCACAGGUGGGGCCAAGUCUGCUCAGCCAACCACCCCCUUGGAGGGCGGACAGUGCACCCAGGGGCACUUCUGUCCACGAGGGAGCUCCCUCGAGAUCCCCUGCACACCGGGGCUGUACUGUGACAAUGUUGAGUUGUCUACACCAACUGGCAACUGCAGUGAAGGCUACUACUGUUCCGGUGGCUCCUCAACACCCACGCCAGUCGGACAAGGCUAUGGUGACCUAUGUCCACUUGGUCAAUUCUGCCAUGAUGGAAGCGCCAACGGCACAUUCUGUCCUCCAGGAACAUAUCUGAACACAACAGGGUCAAGGUCUGAGAGCGACUGUAUCACCUGUCUACAAGGCUUCUACUGCGCAGGCUAUGGCAAUGUCGACGCAGACACGAAGUGUGACCCGGGUUACUACUGCCCCCCUGGCAUGAACAUCUCCAACCCUGCUGAGUACACAUGUCCUCAAGGUCACAGCUGUCCCCUCGGCAGCCAUGAGGCCGUGCGUUGUGUCAGCGGCACCUACCAGGACGAGGUCGGCCAGGGCCAGUGUAAACCAUGCCCACAAGGAUUCUUCUGUGACAACACCAUGGACCCUGUCGUCCUGUUCAACAACAGCUACUGUCCUAUGGGGUACUACUGUCCAGCGGAAACCAAGUAUGCCGUGGAACAUCCGUGUCCAAAAGGGACAUAUAGCAACCGCACAGGGCUACAGGAACAGACAGAUUGUCUCCCCUGUCCAGGAGGCUAUUACUGUGACAUGCCUGCCCAGACCACCUUCACCAGCAUCUGUGAGGCAGGCUACUACUGCCGUCAGUACGCCACAUCUGGCACACCAUCUCAAGGCUACGAUGCUGACCUGUGUCCAGUAGGUCACUACUGCCCACGACAAACGUCCGAGCCCCAGAAAUGUCCACUAGGGACUUACUCAAACGCUGUCAAUCUGACAGCUGAGGAGGAAUGCCUCAACUGCACUGCAGGCAAAUACUGUAGUGAGCUGAAUGCAACAACAGAGAGUGGUCCAUGUGAGGCUGGCUACUAUUGUCCUGUGCGAUCCACCAGCUCCCAGGAGAACAUAUGUCCAUCUGGCUACUACUGUCCGGCUCUCAGUCACACACCAUCACCAUGUCCCAAAGGAACAUUCUCCAACUUUACGAAUGUGAAGACAAAGAAUGAAUGCUCCGAAUGUCCGGGAGGAUCGUACUGCGAGACAGAUGGACUCUCGGAACCUACUGGGCUGUGUGGAGAAGGGUACUUCUGUCCGGUGGGGUCAAUCUACAAGGAGCCCAAUGACACCUACUGCCCAAUCGGACAUUACUGCCCGGAGGGUGUGGCUGCAGCCAUUCCAUGCAGGAACAACAGCUAUGUAAACCACACCCAUGCUGUGACAUGCUACGAUUGCCCGGCAGGCUACUACUGUAAAGGUGAAGGACAAAAUGCCAUCUGUCCAAUCGGAUACUACUGCCCAUCAGGAACAGGCCUUGAUUGGCUGUCCUGCCCCCGAGGAACAUACAGUGAUGUGGAAGGCUUGUAUGCAGAGGUCCAGUGUAAGCCCUGCCCAGGGGGGAAGUACUGUGGUGGGGAACAUCUAGAUGCCCCCACUGGGGACUGUGCCCAGGGACACUGGUGUGUGUCAGGCAUCGAUCGUGAAUAUCCAAAUGGUGUCAAUAAGACAGAUCCUCUCAACAACACGUGUUACGAUGACCGCCAGGUAGGGUCCGGUGGUCUCUGUCCUGUGGGAAGUUACUGCCCAGGAGGGGUGAGCAGCGUUUUCCCGAUACCCUGCGAGAACGGAACAUACGCUGAUGUGGAGGGGCUCGACAAGUGCAUCUCCUGUCCAGAAGGCUACUACUGCCCUGCUGGGACGGCCAACUACACCGAUUACCCAUGUGAAAGUGGACACUACUGCCCCAACAACACACAACGCUGGAAUGAGUUCCCUUGUGAUGCUGGGACUUUCAACAACGACACAAGCAGAACAAAGAAAGCUGACUGUCUCACCUGCCCAGGUGGCCAGUAUUGUGCACAGACUGGCCUCUCCACACCAUCAGGACCAUGUGAUUCUGGAUACUACUGCAUCAACGGCUCGAAGACAGCAGCGCCCUCUGGUGUGGGUGGUGACCAGUGUGUUGCAGGCUACUUCUGCCCACAGGGUUCCACCAACCCCACCCCCUGCACCCCGGGCCACUACUGUGCCACGGAGAGGCUGAGCAACACGUCAGGGCUCUGUGACCCUGGGUACUACUGCACAGCUCUCGCCACAGUUGGUAAUCCCAACGAUGGAACCACAGGUGAUAUCUGCCCACAAGGCGCCUACUGCCCUGAAGGCAGCCCCUCCCCAAGUCUCUGUCAAGCUGGCUUCUUCCUCAACAGUACCGGGAAUGAUGCAGAGUUGGACUGUAUCCAGUGUCUGCCAGGACAGUACUGCGCUGGGGGUGGCAAUGUUGUCCCCGAUGGACUCUGUAGUGCUGGCUACCACUGUCCGGGUGGUCAAGACUCGCCCACACCCCCUGGCUACAACUGCAGCAUGGGACACUACUGCCCUGAAGGAAGUCCUGCCGAGCUCAGAUGUCCUUCUGGAACAUACCAAGAUGAACUUGGCCAAGAGUUCUGUAAGUCCUGCCCAGUGGGGUUCUACUGCGACAGUGUAAAGGAACCUGUGGUCCUCUUCAACUCGUCCUCCUGUCCCCAAGGCUACUACUGUCCCGUCAACACAACACGGGCGAAUGAGUUCCCUUGCCCAUUCGGGACAUACAACAACGUCACAGAGAAGACAGAAGUGGCCGACUGUUUGCCAUGUACUGGAGGAAUGCACUGUAGCGCAGAAGGUCUGGCUGAGCCAGUUGGACCAUGUGAUGCAGGGUACUUCUGUACAUCAGGAUCCAACAGCUCCACGCCAGUCAUGGGAGACAAGGCUGACAUCUGCCCGACAGGGUUCUACUGCCCACAGGGUAGUGUUGUAGCCCAGUCCUGCCCCCCGGGCACCUUCAACCCCACCACAGGCAGGCAGAGUGAAGCCGAGUGCACCAACUGUACCGGAGGCUCCUUCUGCCCUGACUACAACAUGACUGCUGCAGGACCUCUCUGUUCUCCAGGCUAUUACUGCCCAACACGAGCGGACUCCGCCAAGUUCAUGCUGUGUCCAGAAGGCUCGUACUGCCCCGAGGGAACUGACCUGCCCAGACAGUGUCCACCAGGCACAUUCUCCAAUGCCACCGGUCUGACCAGCUCUGUUGAGUGCACCCUCUGCCUAGGAGGCUACUACUGCCCUGACCCAGGUAUGACAGAAGCCACAGCAACGUGUUGGGGCGGCUACUACUGUCCUAACAACAUGUCUGUACCCAACCCUGUGGACAACCUGUGCCCCCGAGGUCUGCACUGUCCUAAUGGAAGUGAGAUAUACAAGGAGUGUUCCCCCGGCACAUAUACCAACCACACGGGAGCAUCAGCGUGUUCCCCCUGCCCCCAGGGCUUCUACUGCCUCCCUGUACAACCAGAGAACGCAACCCUCAAUGCCCAGCCUUGCCCUGCAGGAUACUAUUGUCCAGAAGGUACUGGUCCGGACUGGAUGUCAUGCCCCAGCGGGACGUACGGUGACCAGGAGGGGCUGUAUGCCUUGUCACAGUGUACGCCUUGCCUGGGAGGGCAGUACUGCAUUGGGGAGCACCUCACCACACCCACUGGAAACUGUGUUGCAGGAUAUUUUUGCACAUCUGGAGUUGACCGUCCCAUGCCUGGAGCCAGUAAUGACAGCACUGCAGUCAACUGCACUUGCCCAGAACAGGCCUUCCACAAGGGCAUCGGUGGUGUGUGUCCGCUUGGGCACUAUUGUCCCGAGAUGAGCGAGAAGGCCCUGCCAUGUGCAGCAGGAAGCUACGCAGACAGGAUUGGCAUGGAAGCUUGCAGUGUGUGUCCCCAGGGAUACUACUGUCUCGCCAACUCAUCAGAGUUCCUCAGUUCUCCCUGUCCAAUGGGCCACUAUUGUGUGAAUGGCACUGAAUUUGACACCCAGUACAAGUGCCCUGCUGGCACAUACAACCCUGUGGAUAAAGCCACAGAACCUACGGACUGCCUGGAUUGCCCCGGGGGCAAGUACUGCCAGGGUGAAGGCAACACUGCACCCACGGGCAACUGCAGUGAGGGAUGGUAUUGUUCGGGGGGUUCCGACUCCCCCAACACCACCACCAGUGGAGGACAGUGUCAGGCAGGGUACUACUGCCCUGAAGGCUCCUCGGACCCUCAGCCCUGCCCCGGGGGCACGUACUGUCACAUGGCUGGUCUGGCUGCUCCAACAGACAACUGCACUGCUGGCUUCUACUGUAUCCUGAAGGCAACACUCGCCACGCCCACUGACGGCACAACUGGAGACCUGUGUCCUGCAGGCUACUACUGCGUGUCGGGAUCAGCAGCGCCCUCUCCAUGCAGCCCCGGCACCUACAGCGGCAGCACCCACAACACCGACCCUGCGGACUGUGUCACCUGCUCAUUCGGGGAAUACUGUGGAGACUACAAUCUGACUCUCACAUCAGGAAACUGCAGUGCUGGAUACUACUGUCCCCAAGGGGAGAGAACUCCUGAUCCCUACCUCUGCACAGUCGGCCAUUACUGCCCUGAACACAGUGCUUCCCCUACCAUCUGCCCCAGCGGCUUCUAUCAGGAGAAUACAGGCCAGUCCACCUGUGACGAGUGCCCUGAGGGGUACUACUGUGACAACAGCUACGGUGUCGUGUACGUCAACGACACCAUCAAAUGUCCUGAAGGGUACUACUGCCCAGCAGGUACCCAGCGCAGCGACCAGUACCCCUGCCCCCUCGGCACCUUCAUCAACCUGACAGGCCUCAAGUCAAGUAACGAGUGCACACCAUGCUCUGGAGGCUACUAUUGUGGCAUCGUAGGACAGUCACAGCCCACGGCUCUCUGUGCUGCUGGCUUCUACUGUAAGCGGUUUGCCAUGUACCUCACACCAAACCAGACCGGAGAUGCUGACGUCUGCCCACAAGGCUCCUACUGCCCUGAAGGUACAGCGGACCCCGUGCCCUGCCCACCAGGAACAUUUGGUGCAACAGACGGUCUGGAAAGUGAACCCAACUGUACUCAGUGCCUCUCAGGGCGGUACUGUGAGACUCCAGGACUCACCGAUACAGAAGGACCAUGUUCUGCUGGGUACUUCUGUGUUGUGGGGUCAAGUUCAAGGACAAGUGAGAUCUGUCCAGAAGGGAGGUUCUGCCCUGAAGGAACUGGAGUGCCCGAACUAUGUCCAGAGGGUACGUUCAACCCCUACACUGGUAUCAACAGCACCGAUGGCUGUACUCCCUGUACAGAAGGUGAGUUCUGUGACCUGGCCGGCCUUAACGUGACAUCCGGAGCGUGUGAGCCAGGGUUCUACUGCCCACCUGGUCAGAAUGCUUCCAGACCCUCCGACUAUGUGUGCACUGUCGGACACUACUGCCCACUCAACUCCUCACAGCCUGUGCCGUGUGCCAACGGAACCUACAUGAACCACACAAUGGCCUCUGAGUGCUACAUUUGCCCAGACGGAUGGUACUGUAUCAAGGGUGACCUGGUCCAGGAAUGCCCUGAAGGCUACUAUUGCCCUGAAGGGACAGGAAUCAACUGGCAGCCAUGUCCACAUGGAACAUUCAGCAACACGACCGGCCUGGCCAAUGAGAGCCAGUGUGAGCAGUGUACUGGUGGUUAUUACUGUAACCAACAUGCAGCCAUUGCUCCUGCCGCCCAGUGUGAUGAGGGAUACUUCUGUGAAUAUGGCCUUGACCGUGCCAGACCAAGUGGAAACAACUCGGCAGUUGUUAUUGGAUCGUGUGCUGAUGCAGGUCUUGAGACUGGAGUGGGCGGUGUCUGCCCCGUGGGUCACUACUGCCCCCAGGGAACGUCCCACCCCAUCCCGUGUGGCCCCGGUUCAUACAGCAAUAUCACCGGCCUGGCCCUGUGUUACACCUGCCCAGCUGGGUACUACUGUCUGGAAGGAGCAGACGACUACUGGCACACCCCCUGCCCUUCUGGUUACUACUGCCACGACGGCACCACCUCUGCACACAAGUACCCCUGCCCGGCCGGAACCUACUACAACCUGACCAUGGCACGGGAUGUCAUGGAUUGUCUCCCCUGCCCAGGGGGAGAGUACUGUGAGACUGAUGGGCUCAGCUUCCCCACCGGGAAAUGUGAUGAAGGUUGGUACUGCACCAGCAACUCCACCUCCAAGAGCCCCACGGCCCCUGAGGGUGGGGAGUGUCAGCCCGGGGACUACUGCCCACUCGGGUCGUACGCACCAAUACCAUGUGACCCAGGUACUUACUGUCAGGUUGCCGGACUUGACAUGCCCACUGGGAACUGUACUCCAGGCUACUACUGUACCCUACAAGCUAAAUCUCCAACCCCUUCUGAUGAUGUGACUGGGAACAUCUGUCCUGUCGGCCAUUACUGUCCUGAAGGAAGUGGAGCCAAGCAGCCAUGCAUGAUGGGAUACUACCUGAAUGUGACAGAGCAGGAUGCCGAGUCAGACUGCAAGCUGUGUACAGCAGGGAUGUAUUGUCCAGGUUCAGGGCUGGAACUCCCUGUAGGGAGCUGCAGCGCUGGAUACUACUGCCCAGGGGGAGACAACUCAUCCACCCCAUAUGAUACAAGAUGCCCCGUGGGCCAUUACUGCCCCGAGGGAAGCCCCGCCGCCAUCAGGUGUGAGAACGGAACCUACCAGGACCAGGAAAUCCAGUCUUCCUGCAAGACCUGCCCUGCCAGCUACUUCUGUGACAACACCAUGAGCAUUGUCGUCCUCGACAACUCCACCACCAUCUGCCCCAUGGGGUACUACUGCCCAGAAGGAACACGCUUCAAUCAGGAGUUCCCCUGCCCAGUGGGAACAUACAACAACCUCACUGGCCUGUCGAUAGAGAGUCAGUGUUCCCCCUGUUCUGGAGGGUUCUACUGUCCCGGCCCAGGCAUGACCCAGCCCACCAACCUCUGCUCGGCUGGCUACUUCUGUAAGCAGUAUGCCAACAUCUCUGCUCCAGAUCAAGGAGCAGACGCAAAUAUCUGCCCUGUCGGCCAUUUCUGUGUGGAGGGCACAGCAGACCCCUACCCCUGUCCAAAGGGGACGUUCAACAACCGAACUGGCCUGGAGAAGGAAGGGGACUGUACUCUGUGUACGGCAGGCGCGUACUGUGAGGAUACUGGCAUGAUUGAAGUCAGUGCACCAUGUGAAGCAGGCUACUACUGUGUCUUGGGCUCUAACCAUUCCCGCCAAGCCAUCUGCCCGAUCGGGAACUACUGCCCUCAGGGUUCCGGAGCCCCGACCCCCUGCCCCGCUGGAACCUACACCAAUACAGAGGGCUUAGCCAAUGUCACUCAGUGCACGGACUGUGAUGAAGGGAAAUACUGCAACGACACAGGUCUGUCAGCACCGGUGGAUGACUGCGACCCAGGAUUCUACUGUCCUGGAGGGGACCAUGUCCGAAACCCUGUGGAGACCCCAUGUCCGAUUGGUCUGCACUGUCCUGGAGGGAGUGGUCAGCCCGUCCCAUGUGAUGCAGGAACCUACACCAACUUUACCCAGGCCGACCAGUGUCUCAUCUGCCCUGCAGGGUUCUACUGUGUACCUGAAGAAGUCAUUGCAGGAAACUCCACCUCUGGACAUCGGCUCUGCCCACGUGGGUUCUACUGUCCAGCUGGGACCGGACGGAACUGGACAGCCUGUCCAGCUGGAACCUACAGCAACAUGCUGGGUCUGCUCGAUGUGUCCGAGUGUCUGCCAUGCACUGGGGGACAAUACUGCGACACCACCAACCUCACUGCCCCCACUGGCGACUGCAGCCCCGGCUACUACUGCACGACGGGCGUUGACACCCCCACACCCACCGGCAGCCAUACUGGUACUGGUGGCAUCUGUCCUAUUGGACACAAGUGUCCUGGAGCUACAGUCAUCCCAGAGGGCUGUGAGGCUGGAACAUAUCAGGACAAGGACACCCAGGCAUCCUGUGAGACGUGUCCCGCAGGCUACUACUGCAUCGCCAACAGCACCACCUACAGCGACAAGCCCUGCCCCUCCGGCUACUACUGUCUGGAUGGGACACAGUAUGACAUACAGUACCCCUGCCCCCAGGGAACAUUCAACAACCUCACAGCCCAAGAGAACCUGACCUCCUGCAGCCCCUGUACCCCAGGGUGGUACUGUGGCUCCCCAGGGCUCUCCACCCCCACAGACCAGUGUGACCCUGGCUGGUACUGUACCUCAGGCUCAGACCUACCCACACCAUCAAGCCCUGAGGGUGGAAAGUGCUUAGCAGGAACCUACUGUCCAAGGGGCAGUGCAGCGCCACUGGGCUGUGACCAUGGAAAGUACUGCGAUAGCAACAUGAUGGACACACCCAGAGGACCUUGCAUGGCAGGAUAUUUCUGUGAUUCAAAUUCAACCACAGACAGACCAACUGGAACUGGAGGAGACCGCUGCCCAACUGGGCAUUACUGUGUUGAGGGCACAGGGUCCCCCAGUCCCUGUGAUCCUGGCUACUAUCAGCCCAGUCUGGGAGCUCAGAACGUCACCUGGUGCAUCAUCUGUACAGCCGGGAAGUACUGUAACCAGAGCGGCCUGGAGGCCCCCGAUGGUGAAUGUGACAGAGGCUACUACUGCCCUGAGGGUCAGAAUGUGCGCAACCCGAGUGUGUACGAGUGCCAGGGUGGGUACUACUGCCCAACAGGAUCCAGUAAUCAGAUCAUGUGUAGGUCUGGCACCUACCAGGACCUCACUGGCCAAUGGGAUUGCAAGGAAUGUGUGGCUGGAUUCUACUGUGAUGAUGCUGUCGGACCAAUCACAUCGUACACACCAUACAGCUGCCCAGAAGGGUACUACUGCCCCAACGGCACAAAGGUAGCAACGGAGUUCCCCUGUCCCAGCGGCAGCUACAACAACAUGACAGGACUGAGAACUGACACUGAGUGUCCCUUCUGUCUCGGUGCCUAUUACUGCCCAGCGGGGACAGUGUACCCAUCCCUCCCAUGUACUGCGGGGUACUACUGCCGCACAGGAAGUAUGACCGCAGCUCCAACACAGGGCAUUGAUGCGGACCGCUGCCCAGUUGGUCACUACUGCCCUGAACAAACCACAGAACCCAUCAAGUGUCCCCCAGGGACAUACUCCAACAACACACAGCUGAUGAACGUCACCGAUUGCACGCCCUGUACAAAAGGCUGGUACUGUGAGAUCUCUGGGCUGACAGAACCCACAGGCAAAUGUUCCCCAGGCUUCUACUGUGUGUCUGGCUCCGACAACAAGGCCCCUGAUAUCUGCACAGCGGGACGGUACUGUCCAGAAGGCACACACACACCAGAGAAGUGCCCUACGGGUACGUUCUCCAACACCACAGGGCUGAGUGCAGUGGAGAACUGCACAGACUGUACGGCAGGGUACUACUGUCAGAGUGCCGGCCUCACCGCAGAGGAGGGAAACUGCACCCAGGGCUACUACUGCCCAACAGGUUCGACCAUGCCUACAGCAGUUGUCUGCCCCAUUGGCCUCCACUGCCCCACAGGAUCAGAUGAACCCAGGUCCUGCCAACCAGGAUACUUCACCAACAGGACAGGACUGUGGAUCUGUGACAUUUGCCCCGAUGGUUUCUUCUGCCUUCCGGAGAAUGUGACUGCAGGCGUGCCGACGUCCGGGCACUUCGACUGUCCCCCUGGGUACUACUGCCCAUCUGGGACAGGUCUGGACUGGAAGCCCUGCCCCAUGGGCACAUACAGCACUCAGACGAAGCUGUACAUGGUGAGCCAGUGCAAGGACUGUGAUGGCGGCCACUACUGCUCCAUGGAGGGGCACACCAAUGUCACCGGCCUCUGCUCCGCAGGCUAUUACUGUCAGUCAGGCGUGGACCGACCAAAUCCGGACAAUGCUGCAACCAACAGUUCGUACCCAGCAUCCUGUCCUCUGAUUGGUGGACACACAGGUUAUGGAGAUGUCUGUCCCAUUGGCUACAUGUGCCCCGAGGGAAGUGAACAGCCUGUGGGUUGUUCUGCAGGAACAUACCAGGAUGAGGAGAGACAGAGCACCUGUAAAGUCUGUCCUGCAGGUUUCUACUGUGUGUCCAACUCCUCGGACUACCGGAACCAACCAUGCCCCAUGGGUCAUUACUGCCCUGCAGGAACCAUGCGCAAGGAUGAAAACAAGUGUCCAGUUGGAACGUUCAAUCCAGACAACUCCUCCACCAAUGCCUCUGCUUGUCUCCCAUGCACAGCUGGUUUCUACUGUCAGACAGAAGGGUUAUCUGACCCUACUGGCCAGUGCAGUGUCGGAUGGUUCUGCCUUGGUGGCGCUGUCCAGACUAAGCCAACUGACCCAGCUCAGGGCGGGAAGUGUCUACGUGGCCAGUAUUGCCCUGAGGGAAGCGCCAACUAUACUCUCUGUGAUGGCGGCAAGUACUGUCAGCAGGAGAGACUGGGAGAACCCACAGGAAACUGUACACAAGGGUACUACUGCAUCCAGGCAGCAGAGUUCUACCGCCCCACUGAUGGAGUGACUGGGGAUAUCUGCCCCAUGGGGCACUACUGUCCCGUGGGAAGCCCUGGGCCUGUACCAUGUCCGAUAGGCUACUACCUGGACAGCACACGGAACAGUGACCCUUCCGCCUGCAAGAUCUGCACACCAGGCAAGUACUGUGAACAAGAAGGGCUAGAAACACCAAAUGGGGACUGUGCCCCUGGCUUCUACUGCCCAGCAGGGGCCAUCGUGGCGACGCCCGGCAACAACUCCUGCCAACCCGGCUACUACUGCGUGGGCGGUAAAGAGGCUGCCGUUGCCUGCCCUGCCGGAUCCUACCAGGAUCUGCCCCAGCAGACAGACUGUAAGGUGUGCCCUGCCGGCUUCUACUGCAAUGCCACUGCAGGCCCCGUGGUCAGGUACGAUGGAACCAUCUGCCCAGAGGGCUACUACUGCCCUAACGGCACACAGUAUGCCGACCAGUAUCCGUGUCCACUGGGAACAUACAACAACAGGACAGGCCUCACCAACGUGAGUGAAUGCUCCGUGUGUGUCGGUGGAAUGGCAUGUGACAUGGAAGGCCUCACCUACCCCAUCAGACCUUGUGAUGACGGCUACUUCUGCCGAGAAGGUGCAACAUCAACAACUCCUAGUCAAGGAGUCCAGGCAGACAUCUGUCCGACGGGCUACUUCUGUCCUCAGGGGACUGACGACCCUCUGCCGUGUCCUCAGAGGACCUACAACCCAAACACCAACAUCUACAGGGAGGACCAGUGUGUCAACUGUACUGGAGGAUCCUACUGCAACCAAACAGGACUGUCUGCUCCAAGCGGCCUAUGCAACGAGAAAUACUACUGCCCAAAAGGGUCCGAGGUGGCCACGGAGCUCGUAUGUAUCGAGGGCCACUACUGUGGCCUUGGCACUCACUACCCUGCUCAGUGCCCCAAUGGGACCUACUCCAACCAGACUGGCUUGGCGUAUGAGAGUGAAUGUACCCCCUGCCUUCCAGGCUACUACUGUAACGGCUUUGGGCUGACGGCCCUCAGUGGUCCUUGCAAGGAAGGCUACUACUGCCCUGCUGGAUCGAGCGUGGAGACACAGAUCGUCUGUCCUGCAGCCAAGCAGUGCCCUCUGGGCAGUGCAGCCCCUCAAGACUGCCCCGCUGGCUUCUUUGUGGAUUAUGAUGGUGCUUCUGAGUGUCGGCCAUGUCCAGAAGGGUAUUACUGCAUCCCAGAGUUGACAGUGGCAGGAGAUGCAGCCUCCUCCAAACACCCCUGCCCUGAGGGAUUCUUCUGUCCGAAUGGGACGGGUCACGACUGGCAGUCUUGCCCCGCCGGCACCUACAGCAGCGUGACUGGCCUGAAGGAGGCUGCGGAGUGCACCCCCUGUACUGGGGGCCAGUACUGCCAAGGUUCCAACCUGACCACCCCAUCCGGGCAGUGUAGCCCUGGCUUCUACUGUGUGUCCGGAGUGGACAAGGCAGAUCCUGUCAUGCUCGAUGAGAACCAGUGCCCAAGCACAAGUGUCCAUCCAAUCAUAGGACACAUCUGUCCAACAGGACACUACUGCCCAUUAGGUACAGAGUACCCCAUUGGCUGUCCACCAGGAUCCUACAACGAUUUACCCAAUCAGAUGGAUUGUAAGAUCUGUCCUGCAGGGUACUACUGCUUGGCUAACACGACAGACUAUCUGCCAUUUGUCUGUCCUUCUGGGUACUACUGUGAGAAGAACACCACUGAUCCGAAGCAGUACCCCUGCCCCCCUGGGUCCAUGAACAACCUCACCACACAGCAGACCAUCGCUUCCUGCGUCCCCUGCACUCCGGGCAAGUACUGUGCGGGAGACGGCAACGCCUACCCAACCAAUGACUGCAAUGGGGGAUGGUACUGUAUAAAUGGCUCCUAUGAGGUACAGCCAUCAUCGAAUGGUGGUCGGUGUCAGCCGGGCUUCUUCUGCCCCGUGGGAUCUUUCGAAAUGACACAAUGUACUCCUGGCAAAUACUGCAAGACUGUUGGCCUGGCUGCACCUACUGGUGACUGUAACGAAGGCUACUACUGCCCCCUUGGUUCAACUGAGUUCUCACAGGAAAGGUGCCCUGUUGGUCACUACUGCCCAAUCGGAUCACCAGAACCCACAGCUUGUCGGAACGGAACCUAUGGCCCAGUGGAGAGAUUGCUAUCUGAAGGAGAGUGUGAGGCGUGUGAUGGAGGCUACUUCUGUAAUGGCACAGGCCUCAGCGCCGUCACUGGGGAGUGUGAUGCAGGGUUCUACUGCCCCGGGGGUCAGACCAUCCCCAGACCGUAUGAGUAUCUGUGUCCUGAGGGUCACUACUGUCUUCAGAAGACUGCCACACCCACACGCUGUGACCCAGGCUUCUACCAGGACGAGAUGGGGAAAGACUCCUGUGACCCCUGCCCUCAAGGUUACUUUUGUGACAACAACCUGGCCCCAGUGGGCAACCUGACCGACCAUGAGUGUCCAGCCGGGUACUACUGUCCGCCUGAGACCAAGAGAGCCAACCAAUACCCGUGCCCCAGCGGUACGUUCAACAACAAAACACACAGGGUGAACGCCAGCCAGUGCCAGGACUGCUCCCCAGGAUUCUACUGUAAGAGCACUGGUCUGCCAGCACCGGAGGGUCUCUGCUACGCUGGUUACUACUGUGAGAGUGGGACAGUGGAACCAAACCCGACCUCCACUGUCUGUCCUAUUGGUAACUACUGCCCAGAAGGCAGCUACAAGCCCAUCCCCUGCCCUGCGGGAACAAUCGCCACCAGCACCGGCAACACCAACUACACUGACUGUGAACUGUGUAAACCGGGCCAGUACUGUACACCUGACAGCUCAGCAGCAGGACAUAGUGAUCCGUGCGAUGCUGGUUUCAUCUGUCUGGUGGGAUCUGACAUCGCCAAGCCAAUAAAUGGCACACGGGGGUACAUCUGCCCCAUAGGCCACUACUGCCCCUCUGGGGCCGUCAAGGAGUCUCUCUGUAAUAAGGGCACCUACGCACCAAAAGAAGGCCUGGGUGAGUGUUUGCCAUGUCCUGCUGGCCAGUCCUGCCCACAGUUGGGCAUGAACGCCUCACUACCAUGCACACCUGGCUACUACUGCCCCAAUGGUACUGCCAACGAGGGCACACCAUGCCCAUUGGGAACCUUCAAUACCAAAGAUGACCUUAGCUCAGUGGAUCAGUGCCAGCCAUGUCCCAGUGGCAAGUUCUGUAACGACACCGGCUUGAGUAGUCCCAGUGGUCCCUGCAUUGGUGGGUACCUGUGUGUGGCUGGUGCAACCCAUCCUGCCCCUGACGACGGAGUCAAUGGACCAUGUCCACCAGGACACUACUGUGAAGAAGGGACUCUGAAGGAACAAGCCUGUCCCCAAGGCACCGCCCGGAAUCAGUCAGGAGCAGCCAGUGACAGUGACUGCUGGGCGUGUCCAGCAGGCUACUUCUGUGCUCUGGAGGCGGGGCUGGGACCCACUGGGGUGUGCGAGAGGACCUACUACUGCCCUGACUAUGCCCGUAUCAACUCAUCAGCUCCAUCAGCCUACAAGUGUCCAGCUGGAUACUACUGUCCGGAGAAGACCGGAGUUCCGAUCGGAUGCCCCCCUGGUACCUACCAACCUCAAGAAGGAGCCUCCAGCUGUGAGCCAUGUCCAGCAGGGAAGUUCUGUAUGCUCAACACAAGCAUUCCAGAGCCCUGCGAGGUCUUCUCGUACUGUCCCAACGGUAGUGUGUCGCCGACCUUGUGUCCCAAUGGGACAUACACAAAUGUCACAGGAUUGUCCGAUCCUUAUCAGUGUGAGCCAUGUAUCACCGGCAAGUACUGUAUAGAUGGACGAAUCACGGCAGAUUGCGCUGCAGGCUACUUCUGCUUAUCUGGAGUUGGCACGCCCACUCCCAAUGGGACACUCUAUCCCAAUGGCACACUCUGUCCAUACGGCUACUACUGUCCUCAAGGUACGUUGAUGCCACUGAAGUGUCCCGAGUCGCGGUUCAUCAACAAGGAAGGAGCCAAGGAUGUGUCUGAAUGUGAUGCUUGUCCUGGAGGUCGAAUAUGUCCCCAGAACUCCACUAUCUCCGAGCCUUGCCUUGCUGGGCACUACUGUCCUGUUGGCCUGCCCAUGGAGCCCUGUCCUCCAACAACGUACAACGAUGAGGAGGGGGGUAAGGAUAUCAGCUGGUGUAAGGCGUGUCCCCCCGGCUACUUCUGUAAUGAGUCGGGGAUGGCGGACUACACUGUGACCCCCUGUCCCCCUGGGUACUACUGCACCAACGCCACCACGGGUCCCGUCUCCUGCCCACGGGGGACAUACAGAGAUGCGAUUGCUGCCGGGUCGGUGGACGACUGUACACUGUGUCCGGCCGGCUUCUACUGUCCAGAGGAGAACAUGACAUACUCCGGAAUACAGUGCGACCAGGGCUAUUUCUGCGACUUUGGUGCCCAAAACCAAACCUUGUGUCAUGGAGGCUAUUACUGUAACAUGUCUAUGACCAUGAAGCCGUGCCCCCCGGGGUACUACUGCCCCAAUGGCUCCAGCUCCCCCCUGCCCUGCCCCAAGGGACAUUACUGUGGCUCCCAGAAUGACUGCAACAUGACAGAUGCUGGUGCUAUUGAGCCGAAGAAGUGCCCUCUGGGAUUCAAGGAAUUUGAUGGAUCGCCACGUCAGACCUUUGAAGACACAUGUGAGCCUUGCAAACCUGGCACAUAUGGAGCUCACGAACAUCGUGCAGUAUGUGAUGUUUGUAGAGCCGGAGUUGUCUGCCUUGCUGAAGCCACCACAGACAGGCCGGUGUACAAUGACAGCGCACUAGCAGUCGCCAUCGGUUUCCCAGCAACCAACUCUUAUCCCUGUCCACCAGGAUACUUUUGCCCUGCUGGCAGCUUCGCACCGUCACCUUGCCGCCCUGGAACCUACCAACCCGAUCAAGAGGCAGGAAGUGUGUACGACUGCCGAGCAUGCCCAGUGAAUCACUUCAACAACCUGGAUGCACAGACUGGCUGCUUUGUGUGUGGAGGCGAGGCGUCCCAGGUGAACGCAGGAUCCACCACCUGUGAUUGUACUGGAGCUGGCCGAGACUUCCAGCCGAGUGACCGAACGUGCCCCUGUAAGGCUGGGUACCUGGAAGUGGACGGCCUUCAGGACUGCACCAAGCAGGUGUACGACCUGUGUGUGGAGGGGACAUACAGAACACAGACCGGUCAGUGCCUCACAGAGGAACAAUGGCAGACCUACUGCAGCGAAAAGGUGUGUGAUGGUGUGACGAGCUACCGUGGCUUUGAUAAGAGCCUUGGACUGUGCCUGUGUCAGUCUGAUGACCUCGAGGUCCUGUGCAACCUGGAGUGUCGGCGAGCUCAGCGCACCAGGAUCAAGUUCAUUUGUGCAGAAAAACCACUGGAGACCCACAUAGAGAUAAGGAGCACGAACGGAACUUUAAUGAGCCAGAUUCCAUCGAAGAACAUGCUGACAGCCAUUAACACCCGGAAUGCCAUCACAGAAGACGAAUGUGAGAACCUUGAUGGUUCCGAGAUUACCAUUCAUGUCUGCGAAAUGAGUGAAAAUGGUUUCCUGGGUGUAUACGAACCCGACCCUGUGCAGCUUUACAACUGGGUGGACGGCCACACCAAGGGAGACUACACCGGCAACAUCACCCUGGACACUGACUACUCCUCCGCCAUACUUGGACGUAGACGUCUGCUCGCGGCCUCCUCUGUCAACAGCUCACUGUUCACUGGCGUUUCCAACCCAACUGUCUGUCUGACCUAUGGAGAGAUCAUGUUCUUCUAUGUGACCAAUGACCACUACCCAGUUUAUGACAGGAAUAACCUCUACAACACCAACUCUGACUUUGACUACGGAGGUUUCCGAGCCCUGAUCGAAGCCCAGGCUCAACUUUCGACAGCAACAACCCUUUUUGCAUACAAGUUCACUGAGCCUGGAGUAUAUGUCUUCUACCUCAGCUCCAACACAGACAAGAAAAUGUACAUCCGUGUAAUGGCCAAGGACGCUCAGUGCACUGAGGAUGGUCCCUACUUCCCGACCACGUCCCGAUACAUCAUCCAGAAUGGCAUCUCAGUGUCACAAGACAUCCUGAAGGCUCCUGAUUGGACAAUCAUCUUCAUCUUGCUCGGAGCAGCAUUCCUAGUCAUGGUGCUCAUGGUCAUACUACUGGUUCUCUUCAGGAAAUAUGGUUGGACAAAGACAUCCUACCUCUUCCCCUUCUAUCGACAUCUGGCUCAGCGCUUCAACUUCGACGACUACGCCAGCAAGGGCUCCACUGUUCAUCCCGUGAAGAAGUACCACCGAAACUUCCAGGCUCUGACGUGUGCUCAGCCAGACAUGGGCUCACAUGCAGCCAUCUUAGAUGCUUCAGCAGUGGAAGUGAAGAAUGAUGAAUUCUGGGACUAUGACAGACAGGUUGACCUGGAAUCAUUCAAUGUGAAAACGCUCUACGACACCCUGUCAAAACAGUCAAGAAGUGUCACUCAGACAAUUGGCAAACACAAGGAUGAGAUGAAACAGUCCUACCAAAGAAUGGCCAAUCAGAGCGAAUCUCUCAAAGGCUUGUGGGCUGCCAAGAUGAACCUGUCAGGCAAAUGUAGUCUGGCGACACAGGAAGAUCUAGCCAGCUAUGAGACCAAGCUGGAAGACUUGGAGAUUGAGCUUGAGAGGAGGAAGGAAGUCGGCAGACGCUUUGCUGCCAUCUUGGAACAGCAGACGACACUCAUGACAGAUGAUGAGAAAGGGAGGGAAAACCACCAGGUGAAUUACCAAGCGUGUCUGAGGGAGGGUACUCGUGUCCUGAUGGAUCACGCCAGCAGGAUACAGAAGGGGCACCAGCAGGGAGAUGGGGAGACAAUGGAAGAGCUGCACAAUGCAGUGGACAAGAGAGUCACUCUGUUGCUGCAGAAGAUGUCAACUGAGGUCCGUGCAGAAUGUCAGAGAAUCGGAGCCUGGGGCAUUCUGGGACAGGGAACUGGUGGACAGAUUGUACAGUCAGGAUCCCAGGAGCCUAUGAACAGGAAUGCGCUGAUUGGGUCUAACCAUUCCAUCAAGGCCUCAAACCUUCUUCAGUUUGACUCCAAGACUGGUUUGAUCCGUCCCAAGCCUGGUACACGCAUGCUGUUGGCGGAUGGCACUGUGAUGGAGAUCCCACCAGACUACUUCAUGCAUCCACAGACUGGUCGUGUCCUGCCCAUACAGGGCAAUGUUGCAUACGACCCAAUCACAACAAGACUCGUCUUUGUGGUCGAUUCAGCCACUGGUGAAUCUGCCCGAUCAGAGGAGCCAUACAUCCCAUACUUGCCCUACCCAACCAACCCGCACACUGGCGAACCUGUCAAGACCAAACUGCAGCCAAUCGAGAACAAGAGUGACCUUCGACAUGGAGCAGCCAUCUCUGACCCAGCCUGUGGUCUCAAGGUGCCCAUACUGGGCAUGACCAUUCAUCCCAAGACUGGGCUGGUGCUCCCCAUUGGUGGAAUCCACACAGAUCCAGUCACGGGUCUGCCAAUCCCCAUCGAGAUUGGGUCCAUCAUGGUGGACCCCAAUGGAGGACAACCAGUACCUAUCCUCUCAGUUGCCAUUGACCAAGAAACAGGAGUGGUUGUACCUGUUGGAGGAACGAAGUCGGGGGAUCAUGGAGAAAUUCCCAUCAUACCCGGGGACUCGUUUGUCGACUCCCUCAGUGGGAAGCUUGUGCGGAUCCAUAGCGGCUACCUGCGUGAUGUGGUGGUGCUGCCCUCUGCUGGCGGCUAUCAGUCACUACUGGAUUCAAGCGUGUUGGCCAUCGAGGCUCGUGUGCAGGAUGUGCUGCAGGAAUACAAGGAUGCUGUGUAUGCUGCAGGACAGGAGAACAGCAACGUCAGUGUCCGCCAUGAGGAAGCAGCUCUGGAGUCCGCUGUGAAGGAGCUGGACAGAGCCAGAAACAGAAUGAAGUCUCAUCUCCUGAGAACUCAACAUGAUGUCACACGUCGCAUGGAAAAGGCAACCAUCUUGGCAGCUACAGGGGGAUGUCCUGGUAUGUACGAGUUCUCCAAGACAGGGCAGCUACUUCCUAUCCUGAUAGGUACAACAAUGAUGGACCCUGCAGGCUCUAACCACCGAGUUCCAAUACUUGGUGCCUCAAAACAACAACAGACAGGCAGAGUUAUUCCCCUUGGAGGCACAAUGGAGGACCCUGAAGGUGGAGGUCUCGUCCCAAUCAACAUCGGCAGGAAAGCAGUGGAUCCUGUCACAGGGGACCUGAGUCCUGUCAUUGGUGUAAGAGUAAACCCUGAAAACAAGAUGGUGAUUCCUGUUACCCUGGCAACAGGAGGCCACAGGAAAAAGAAACCACCUCCCGGUGCCCUUUCCCUGUUAGAGGAGGAGAUCAUAGCAAGACGUGGCUACUGGAGGAGGCAGCGACAGAAGGAACAUGAACUCACUCAGAAGGAACAUACACUGACUCAGCAACUCAUGUUUGAAUUGAACACAGUGUCUACUAAACACCUACAACGAGUCCUAGAAGAUGUUGAUGCGCUUUCACAUCAACUCAAUGAGAAUGCCAAACGUGAGGUUCAGCGUCGUGGAGCAUCACAGCAAGACUACUCCACGGUCAUUCCAUCUGAAAUCAUCAGCAUCCUGACAGAGGCUGACAGUUUAGAACGAGAACACGAAGAGGCUCAUGUCGUGGCCCAUGUGAAAUACACAGACACAGUUCGAAAGUUCUUCACCAAACUGCAGCAGGAGGAGAAGAGAUACAGAGACAGGAUGGAUGAUCUGGAUGGUGCCAUGAAUCCUGAGGCAGAGGCUACAGCUCUCCAGCGCUACCACCAAGGGAAGGCCCGACUACAGGGUGAACUGCGGGACCAGAUCACCAGCAAGCUAGAAGGUCUGGAUGAGGAACACUCCUCUCUGGAGUAUGCCAGACAGAGGUCGGAGCUCUGCUGUGAAGAGGCCAAGGUUGUGAUCACACGGAGUGCCCUGCUGGCCGGGGACUAUGACUCCCAGCUGAGCGGCGUGUAUGGAGACUCAGAUGAGACAUCUAGUGACUCAGAACUGAUCCCUCUCAUCAGGCAGCUUAUAGCCAUGUUGGAAUCUGGAGGCCCUUUCUACCUGUCCCCAGAACUCCUCAAUCUCAUUAAGGUUGGAGCCGGAGGAUCAAAUACCAACAUUACAAAUGUCAACUUUAAUCAAGGAGCAGCUGUCACUGGUGGUCAAGGUCAAGGACAACGACAAGGUGGACAAGGACAAGGUGGACAAGGACAACCUCAGCAUCCAGGUCGUGUUCAGUCACAGCUUGUGAAGAGUUCUGCUGGAACCUCCAGUGGGGACACUCAGAGUGAUUCAUCCAUUGUGGCUGUGAUUGGUGACCCCAGCAAACUGAAGAGCUCUGGAAACCUUAGCGAGGAGGAGAAGAGACAACAGGAAAAAUAUCUCUUUGAGAAACAAGCUUAUGAGGCAGCUCAGCUAGAAAACAAACUCAAAACAGAGGAAAUUGACAGACUGAACCAACUUCUGGAUGAAUAUGACCAGAAGAAACAGGACAUGCUUGAUGAAGUAUCAGAGAACCUCCAGAAGAAGAUGUCACAAGUUAAAUCUGACCAUGACAAAGAAAGACUUAUUAUUGACCAUGCUGGCAACACACAGAAGCUCAGUGACUCAUUUGACAAAUCCAAGCAGCAAGAGCUGGCCAACCUAAAGAAGAAACUGGCUGAUCUUAGAAGACAGCGGAAGAAAGAUCUCUACCGACAGCACAUGAUGGAAGCCAAGAACCAAGGCAUACCUUCGGAGAGUGUCCCAGCCCAGCAUGUCAAGUCCUUCGAGGACAUGGUGAAGGAAAUGAUGCAAACUCAGCGAGAACAGGAACAAGUGAGGGCGGAGCUACAGAAGGCCACAGCUGCCAAAGCUGAUGAGGAGGAACCUCUCAUGGAUGAUGAGUUUGAAAAGUGGGUCAGCUCGCUUGACUUGACCCAGGAACAGAAGGAUGCCUUGUUGAAGUCAUUCAGGGAGGGGAAGACAAAUCUUAACCAAGCAGCCAAGUCUCUCUUUGACAAGCUGCAUCACAGAAAGGGUCGGGAACAAGUGCGUCAGCUGAGUGAAGAGGAGCUCAAAGAUCUGUCCGAGGAGGAGAGGAAACAACACCUGCAAGCUAUUGAAUCUCAGAACGAGGCUGACAGACUUCGAGAAGAAGCUGCUCUACUCAAGGCUUGGAAAAAAUAUGAAAAGGAUCAGCAACAGAAAGUCCAGGAGCAGGCUCUUCGAGAGAUGCUGAAGAACUCCACUACAACUGAGCGUGACAGAAUAAUGUCCCAGUUCCAUGAUGAAGUCCACCGCAUGGAGGCCAAGCACCAAGACCAGCGCAGUGGUGCCAAUGACAAGCUGAUGGCCAAGAUUGCCGCACGGAAGCGCAUGAGAGAGCAACUCACCAAGGACCAGGCAGUGGCCUCCGAACUGGACAGGAUCACCAAAGCUCAUGUGUCUGGUGGCAAUGCUGCUGCUGCUGAGGUGAUUACAGCCGUCAGUGACAAACUGAAUGGUGAUGAGAUGACGUUAGAGCAGCAGAGUCUGAUUGAUGGUCAGAUGGAGAAACAGGCAGCGCUGGAGACUCAACAGCGAGACGAGGACCGCAAGAUGAACAACGCCCUUGAUGAUGACAAGUACCAUGACUCAAAGAACAUGGAUCACCAGAUUGAUGUGCAGAAGAAAUUGGCACUGGAUGCCCUGAAGGACAAGCAUGAGAGGGAGCUGGCUGUGAAUGGUGGCAGUCUGUCCGAGGCUGAGAUGCAGAAACUACUGGGCAAACACCGCAAGGAACAGGAAGCCAUCGAGCGCAACCUUGAGUCUGAGCGGGACAGACAGAAGAAGGCAUUAAUGGACAAGAUUGCCCUGCGUCGACAGCAGAAGAUGCAGCAGCUGCAGAAGAAGCAUGACCUGGAGAUGUCGGAGGAGCUUGUGCGGCAACAGCAGGACAGAGACAAACUCAAUGAGAUCAUCGCCAAGGAUGUCGAGGGACGUGCCCUCAAGGACUCAAUGAAGGGCAAGGACGGCCAUGUGGCCGAGAACAUGAUCUACACAGUGCUGAGACAGAGGCACAUGAAGGAGGCCAUCCACCUGGAGGAACAGCUGGCCCGGGAGCGAGACGCCGCACUGAAACGUGCCCUGGUGGAGGUCCAGGAAACUAGACAGGCCGAGAGAGACAAACUCACAUCAGCAUUUGAACAGGAGCUGAUGGACCUUGUGGCCAAUGCUGGGUCCAUGUCUCAUGCUGAACUGGCCCUGAAGAAGCAGCAGCUCCAGAAACAACAGGAGAAACAACUUGAGGACUUUGACCAGCUGACAGUGACACUGUCAAGUCAGGCGGAGAAGCAGAUGACGCCCCAGCUGGAGGUGCAGCAGACCCACGCCCGGCUGUCCCUGAAGGAGAAGCAGCUGGGAGACCUGGCCGAUGCCAUGAGGAAGUAUUCCCCCACUGAGGCCCUCACCAAGCAGUAUGAGGCCGAGGCACGCAAGGCUGCAGAGGAAGCCCGGAAGUACAAGGAGGACGUGAUGAAGAAGAUGCAAGCAGAGUUGGAGAGGAGGAAGAGAGAGCAGAAGGAACGUGAGGAAGAACGCAAAAGCAAGAUUCUCAAUCAGCUUCAACAGCUCGAGAAGGACUUGGAGGAGGAGCACCAGCGUGAAGUGAACCGUCUUCGAGAGAGGGAAGCAGACCGAGAGAAACUCCGCCAGCAGCAGAUGGAAGAGAACGCCAGGAGACAGAAGCAAGAGAUUGAGCAAUCCAGUGCCAGUGAGCAGGAGAAGGCCAAACUGCUGAGGGAACACAACAAGAACAUCGAGAAACUGGAGUCUAACUCCCAGAAUGAGCGGGAACGGCACAGAGCUGCCUUACAGGCCAAGCUGGAUGCCAGGAAGAAGCAACGUAUGGGAGCAGAGGUUGCCAAACUGGACAAACAGUCCCAGCUAGAAGCUGAUGAGGAGAUGAGGAACGAGAUGGCUCAGAGACAGCAGGAGAUGACACUGCAGUCCGGGUUUACCUCACUGCAGGGCAGCACAACAACCGAUCCUGUUCCUGACAGCGGGUUUGAGAGUACAGGGAACAGGGAACAGGACUGGGUGAAUCUGCUAAUGGCUUCGCCUCUCUUCAAGCAGAUCAACGAUCUUGAGGCUAUGUUGGACAAAUCGAGUGGCACCGGAUCUGGUCCAGCCACAUCAGACAAGAUACUGGGUGGGGACUACAGCAAGCCGUACAUUGACGUGAAGGAUGCCCAGUGGUCCUGCAACGGGGACCUCAAGCCCACAGACAUCAAUGGCAUCAGUCCAAGUCAGUUCGUCAUCUACAGGUUUGGCGUGUUCGUCAUCAGACUCUUGAACCAGACAAUCGGAACACCUGAAGUCACUCUGCUCCUUGCCUCAAGUCUUCCAAAGAACAAUUAUGAGAGGAAUGCUUUCAGGAACUCCAUAUUCUAUGAGCAUUCUCGGAAGAUUUUGUUUGUGAGGAAGGAAAGAAUGGAAUCGAUCGGGGACUUUGUUGUAGUAAUUCUGCACUCCCUUGCUCACAUCAAGGUUGGGGAUAUGACAGAUGAUGGAAAUGUCCUCUUUAUGAGAGAGUUCUAUAAGGCAAUGAAGAUCAUGUGUCAAGACAUGUUCUUCUCAAGAACACAGAACACAAGCCGAGCUCACUCUCUGAUUGGCUCAUCCAGUCCCAGACCAGCCCUGGAGAUGGCGCUGGCUGGCACCAAGAACCCUGAUGACAGGAUGAACGUCAUCGGGGAGAUGAUUGACAUGAAAGUCGACAGUCCAGCCCGAACUAACUUCUCAACCCAGACAAUCACACAGCGAAUGUAUGGCUACCAGGCCAUGGCCAACAACGCCAGACUGCGGCAGUACCUUGCUUCUAAGGGUGGUUUCAUGACGUCAAGCGACAUCAUCAGCAGUCGGAUGUCGGAGUUGCGGGGAGGCAUUCCAAGUCCCUCACAUACCCCACGAAGCCCCUUGAAGCGGCGCGGCAUCCCAGCCCUAUCUACAGUGAAGGAUGUCCUGGACUCCCAGCUGCUGGAGCUACAGACCAACAAUGACUCCCUCAAUGCUGAACUCAUGCAGACAAUGAAAACAGAAGCUGAACUUCGUGCCGGAAUCCAGAAACUGGAAUCUGCAGGAGAUAACGAACAGCUGACAGCCUCACAUGAACAGCUGACUGGAAUACUUGUGAAAAAGGAGACCCUGGUGAAGAAAAUCUCUUACAUUGAAGCUGACAUUGCUCAGAAAGAAAAAGCAGUUAAGAAGAAGAAGUAAACGUUACGUAGUCAGCAUUCCACUGUCAGGUCUUGCUGUAUUUAUGAAUUGUAAUCAUCAAAAAUAGAGAUCUUAAAUUAUACUGAAUGAAGACAGUAAGACAAUUAAAUUAUCAAACAUUAAAGAAUAUCAAACAUGUCUUUAUCUUUGUAAUACUCAAUAGAUCAGCAUUAGUAACACUACUUUCAUUUACAAUGAACUUUGAUUUGAACAUUUAUUCUGUACAUACUUACAGCAUUAUAUUUGAGCAUGUUUAUUGCCCACUGAGCAUUGCAAUGAAAAUGUGUACAUGAAGGUCAAUAUCAGCUUAUCCAAUGACAAGACCUCUCUGAGGUUAACUGUGAUUUCUAUAUUGUUAUUUCAAAUUUAUUAACUUUUGUUAUUAUUUAUUUGUAUGACAUAUUUUUUAUAUAUCAUGUCUUUUUUAUGUUAUGUCUUUUACGAUGUCUCACAGUUCCGUCCAAUGGGAAAUGACAAUAUGUUACAACAAAAAUGAUGACGAGGCCAUGCUAAUUGUAGAAUAGUUCAAUAUCCUUUAUGGAGGUUGAGAACAGUUUGUUGUUGUAACAGUUGAUUUGUAAAUAAUGGUGGAUUGCUUUACAUAUUUUCUCUCUGAGAAAAUGACGGAUACAAUUGCAUUUCCGAAGUCAGUAAUAAUUCUAAAUGUGAUAUUUAGCAAAUUUAUAUUUUUUACUUCAGUGGAAAAGGGAUUUAUGUUUUGUGUUCUUUUUGUCAACUGACUUGUUUUUAAAUGUUAUAUUUUUCUUACUGUCCUACUGUAAUAUGAGUUAUAUGUCCUGACACUAUAGAUCAGUAGAAGAUAUGGCAUUGUAUUGUCACAAUGAGAUGAAAACAUAUUAUUCCAUUGUUUUAAAGAAUGUUGAUUUUUUGCAUAUCAAAUUUACAACUACACUGAGGUGUUAUGUGCAGAAUUUCUUAAAAAGGAACGAUUUAUCAUGGUUAUCUCCCUUUAUGGAAUUCUCUCCUCUGUUUAUGAUGAGAAGUCGGUGUCCACGAAGCACAUCUGUGAUUGCCGGGGUUUCCAGCAUUAUGUAUAUUUCCAAAGAAUUCCUUGUUGAUAAGUGCCAGUUUUCUACAAGAGUUUUGUCUAAAUAUAUAGUUUUGUAUAGGUGAAUGGUUGAGGUUAUGACAAUGCUCAUAUUGACAUAAUGAAAUGUUUUGAUACAUUUGAAAUAAAGUCUAUUUCUUAAUGCAAAA